AUGGCUAAGGUCAUACCUAUUGUCAUGCCCAACACAAAAUACCUUUGCACUUGGCAUUUGAUGCAAAAUGUAUUAAGGCAUGCAAAUUCUAUCUUCAAGGAUAAAGAGGUGAAGGGUAAGGGGAUGAAAAGUUUUUUAUCCAAAUUUAUGUGCGACAUUGAGGAUGAGGAUGAUUUUACGUUAAAAUGGGAGGAAAUGCUUGACAAGUAUGAAGUGCGAGAUAAUCAUUGGUUGAAGUUAACAUUUGGGGUCAAGGAAAAAUGGGGUUGGCUAUAUGUUAGAAAUGCAUGGGGUGCGGGCAUGAGUAGCACCCAACUUAGUAAAUCUUUUAAUGCAUUCUUGAAGGAUUUCAUUCCAUCUGAUCAUAACUUAAUGCAAUUUUUCAUACAUUUUGAUCGAGUUCUUUGUGAGAAGAGGUACAAAGAGUUACAAGCCGAAUAUGCUCCAUGCCAAAAGUUGCCAAGGGUGAAUAUUAAAGUGAAGAUUAUGGAGCAAGCUACAGAUGUUCACACAAAUAAAAUUUAUGAAGAAUUUCAAGAUGAGUAUGUCAAGUCCCUUGAAGUAAACAUUGAAGAAACUAAACAUGAUAGUGAGAGUAUCGUUUAUACGGUUCUUGAUAGUGAUGGUGUAAAGGUGAGGAAGAUGAGAGUGGAGUGUGAUGGUUCAUUCACUUGCAAUUGUAGGAAGUUUGAAUUGAAAGGCAUUUUGUGUAGUCAUUGUUUGAAAAUCCUUAGAGACACCUUCAAAUUCAAAAAGAUUCAUUCCCAAUAUAUUCUCAAGAGAUGGACUAAAAAAGCAAGAGCUGAAAAUGUGAAAGAUAGAUGUGGGCAUGAUAUUAAGGUUGAUGUACUACAUGAACAUGGGCAUGGUCGUGGGCGUGGGCGUGGGCGUGUGGAUCACACGUCAAUAUCUUAG